AUGGCAGAAGUUCCCCUCAGCCACAAGCUGGAAGCGGCUGCGGAGGAGCCAGCGUCAGGGCCACCCUUCGGGCAGGCUGCGGGGUCCUUCCAGAGCCGGGUGGGAACCAGGGCAGCAGCCAGGACCACGGCGGCCGAGAGGCGCCAGGAGGCAGCCGCAGGGAGCCCAGGCAGAUGGUCGCCUCAGGGCAGCACCCCAGGCCGCAGGGCUGGGGGAACGAGGGGAGAUGCGCUUCCUUCCAGCCGGCCAGCGGCCCCCGGCCCCGCAGCCUGCGAGCCCCAGACCCACGUGGUGUUCCUGAAGACGCACAAGACCGCCAGCAGCACCAUUAUGAACCUGCUGUUCCGCUUCGGGGAGACGCACAACCUCACCUUCGCCCUGCCCGCCCGCGGUGCCAGCCAGCUGGGCUACCCCCACUACUUCCGGGCCGAGUUCGUGGAGGGGUUCGGCGCCCCCGGCCACGCGCCCCACUUCAACAUCAUGUGCCACCACCUGCGGUUCCUGCGGGACCAGGUGCAACGGGUGAUGCCAAAUUCCACCUUCUACUUCUCCAUCCUGCGCAACCCCGUCCACCUCAUGGAGUCAUCCUUCAGCUACUACAAGGGCACCUCCCCCUUCGCCCGCGCCCGCAGCCUGGAGGAGUUUCUCAGCCAGCCAGAGAGGUUCUACAGGCCCCUGGAGCCCGACAGCCACUACGCCAAGAACCUCAUGGCCUUCGACUUCGGCUUCAACCACAACGGCGCCGUCUCCGCCCAGCACUCCCAGCAGAUGCUGCGGCACCUGGAGCAGGUCUUCGACCUCCUCCUCCUCUCCGAGUACUUCGACGAGUCCAUGGUGCUGCUGAAGGAGGCGCUGUGCUGGGACCUGGACAGCGUCGUGGCCUUCCCGCUCAACAGCCGGGAGGGCGGCACCAGGUCCCCCCUCUCCCAGAGCACAGCCGAGAAGAUCAAGAGCUGGAACAGUCUGGACUGGUGGAGCCGUAUUGCACUCAGGGCACCAGACAAGGGGAAGGAUGCUGUAUCAGCAGUCAGCCCAGUACGAGAGAUUACCUCCCCACUUGUAGCACCAACAGUGACUGUCUUUGCCCCCCAGACGGGGAGCAGCAGAACUCAGCAACAACAAGCCUAA